AGCCCGCAGAAGGUCGGACAAAAUGAGGCUGCACGGAGGUCGCAGGCAGCAAUGAUCUAACCUCCAAGUGACCUUUUUUUACAAGCAAAGUUCCCCGAGCGGCCGGCAGCGCCAUGGCGGCCCAGGGCGACGCUCUGAGCGGCUACUUGCAGUCGGACCAAGGCUCCAACAGCGAGCGGAGCACCGACUCUCCUCUGCCCGGCGACGAGGAGGACUUGAGCGGACCCGACCCGGAGUGGACCGAGGAGAGGUUCCGAGUGGACCGGAAGAAGCUGGAGUUCAUGUUACUAGCCGCCUCGGAGGGCAGAGUCAAUGGCGGGGAGGAUUUCUUCCAACAGAUUAUGGACGAAACCCAAACACAGAUAGCCUGGCCCUCUAAACUGAAGAUCGGAGCAAAGUCGAAAAAAGAUCCUCACAUCAAGGUGUGCGGCAAGAGGGAAGACGUGAGGGAAGCCAAAGAUAGGAUCAUGUUGGUGCUCGACACAAAGAGUAACAGGGUGACGCUGAAGAUGGACGUGUCGCACACGGAGCACUCGCACGUGAUCGGCAAGGGCGGCAACAACAUCAAGAGGGUGAUGGAGGAGACGGGCUGCCACAUCCACUUCCCCGACUCCAACAGGAACAACCAGGCGGAGAAAAGCAACCAGGUGUCCAUCGCAGGGCAGCCAGGAGGGGUGGAGGCGGCUCGAGUUAAAAUCAGGGAGCUGCUCCCGCUCGUGUUGUCCUUCGAGCUGCCCGCCAUCAUGCAGUCGGACCCCAGCUCGCCGAGCGUGCAGGCAAUCUCGCAGACCUACAACCUCACCGUGUCCUUCAAGCCCCCCACGCGCCUCUACAGGGCCACCGGCGUGGUGCGCGGGUCCCAAAACAACACCAACGCCGUCAAGCGAGGCACUGCCCUCCUGUUGGAGCACCUGGCGGGCAGCCUGGCUAGCACCAUUUCGGUCACCACCCACCUGGACAUCGCACCCCAGCACCACCUCUUCAUGAGGGGCCGCAACGGCAGCAACAUCAAGCACAUCACCCAGAGGACGGGGGCCCAGAUCCACUUCCCGGACCCCAACAGCCCGCAGAAGAAAUCCACGGUCUACAUCCAGGGCACCAUCGAGUCGGUGUGCCUGGCUCGCCAGUACCUCAUGGGCUGCCUGCCGCUGGUGCUGAUGUUCGACAUCAAAGAGGACGUGGAGGUGGAGCCUCAGUGCAUCACGGCGCUGAUGGAGCAGCUGGACGUUUUCAUCAGCAUCAAACCCAAGCCCAAGCAGCCCAGCAAGUCAGUCAUAGUGAAGAGCGUGGAGAGGAACGCGGUGAACAUGUACGAGGCCCGCAAGUUCCUCCUGGGUCUGGAGUGCAACGGCGUGGUCUCCCCACCGCCCUCGGUCGCCUUGAAUCCCGCCGCCAACGGACCCUCGCCGUCCCUCAUCUGCCCCGUUGGCCUGGACAUCCUGGCCUCAGCUGGCCUGGGGCUCAGCAACCUGGGUUUCCUGGGUGCGACAGCGUCCCACUCGCUGGCUAACUCGGCGGCCCCCAACGUCGUCCUGAACACCUUAAACUCCUCCAUGAGUCCCCUGCAGGCCCCCAGCACCCCCACGCCCUCCCUGUGGCCCAGCUCCCUCACCAGCGCCCAAGCCUUCUCGUCCCAGUUGAUGCUGCACCCGGCCGCCCAGGCCACCCUGAGCAGCAUCCUGCUAUCGGGCGUGCAGGGCUACACGCAUAGCACGCCGUCCCCUCCGCCGGGCCUGGCGCCCAUCGACAAGCCCAUCAGCGGCGUCCCCGACUGCGCCAAAGCAGCCUGCUCGCUUAACGGCCAUGUGAAGCAUCCCGGAUCCGUCUACGGGAGGAUAGCCACGGCGUCUCUUGCCGAGACGGUUUUGAGUCCAGCUCCGUGUGACUCGGUCCAAGAGGCCAGUGGACACAAUCCAUCAGAACCACGGUCCAGCAAGUCCAACACAGAUGAAGGCUCCGACACCUUCGUGGAGGUGGGCAUGCCGAGGAGCCCCUCACACUCGGCCAACGGCAACGAGUUGAAGCAGAUGCUGGCGUCCUGCAAGACGUCGUCGGGGAAACGACAAGCUGUGGAGCUCCUGCAAGGCACCAAGAAUUCACACUUACAGUGUGGGUGUGGGUGCAGUUCCGACUGCCUCUUGUCGGACGCAGAGUCCAGUUCUUCAGACAGUCCCGUGGCCGACAAGAGGGCGCCGGGCAGUGAGCGGGCGGCCGAGAGGGCGGCGCAGCAGAACGAGAGAGAGAGAAUCAGACUUGGGCCCCAGACCUCCUUCGCCAACAUGCAGGCCUUUGACUACGAGCAGAAGAAGCUGCUGGCAACCAAAGCCAUGUUGAAGAAGCCUGUGGUGACCGAGGUGCGGACACCCACUAACACCUGGAGUGGCCUCGGUUUCUCCAAGUCCAUGCCGGCAGAAACCAUCAAGGAGCUGAGGAGAGCCAAUCACGUGUCCUACAAGCCCAGCAUGAGCACCACCUUUGAGGGUUCCCCGCUGUCCUUGUCGCGCUCCGGCAGCCGGGAGGGCGUGGCCAACGGCAGCGAUUCCGACAACUGGCGGGAGAGGAACGGCACGUCAAACGGGCUGCAGGCUCAUGCCGAGUUCCCCGCCGCCGUGAGCAGCCCGAAGAGGAAGCAGAACAAAUCUGCUGCAGAACACUACCUGAGCAGCAGCAACUACAUGGACUGCAUCUCCUCGCUGACGGGCAGCAACGGCUGCAGCCUCAACUCCUCCCUCAAAGGCUCCGACCUGCCCGAGCUCUUCAGCAAGCUGGGCUUGGGGAAGUACACGGACGUCUUCCAGCAGCAGGAGAUCGACCUGCAGACCUUCCUGACUCUGACCGACCAGGACCUGAAGGAAUUGGGCAUCAGCACUUUUGGCGCCCGCAGGAAAAUGCUACUGGCCAUCUCAGAACUCAACAAGAACCGGCGGAAGCUCUUCGAGCCCCCCAUCAGGUCCUCCUUCCUGGAAGGGGGCGCCAGCGGGCGCCUCUCCCGCCAGUUCCACGCCGACAUGGCCAGCGUCAGCGGGAGGUGGUAGGCACACACUCAACCCUCCAGUCGUGGCCCACGCCUCUUUUCGGGCCCGGGACUGGUCCUCGUGGCCAUGUUGUGUAAAUUCCAAGCCAUAGUUGUCCUUGCCGAGGUUCCGUCCUGUCGGAGCCACUAGGAAGCAAGGUGGAACCUCCAAGGUGGAACCUCCAAGGUGGGCGAGGGAAGGAUUUGACCCCGUGACGCAGACAUGCACUUUAAUAUUGCUCCACGUUUGCCUGUGAAAGAAACUUUGCUCUCAAGCCAAAUAAAUGUAAGCACUUAGGAAAGGUCAGCAAGGUCACCAUGAUGUCAUGGACGCCAAUGACCAGGGCGCCAAAAAGAGAUUGGGAGGUCAGUGUUUGUUGUUUAAGCUCAGCCGCCAUCUUGUGUGUGUUUCUCCACCCAAUGAGAAGAAAACAAAUAUUUUGUACUCACUAUUUUCUUGUUAAACCACCAAGUUAAGGGAAGGUAAUCGCUUUAUUUUUUUAUACUUAUUGUUGUGUGUAUUCUUGUCUUUGUGUACCAGCUAUUUGACUCAAAUUCCCACAAUGCACUCUCCGAUGAAGGGACUUUUGCAGCACCGAGGGCCAGUUUACUGCAGUUAAGACCAAAAUGAUCUCGUUGUUCUUCAAAUGGGAAUUGUGGGGUCUUAAAAAGACACAAGAAGUGGAAAAUUAUUAGAAUUCACCUUGGAAAUAUUUUAUAAUUGACUACUUUAUUCAUAACAUUGAAAACAGUAAUCAGGAAUUGACAUUAUAUAUAUAUGUAUAAUUGCUGCAAAUGACUAGGGAAGGUUGUUUGGAUUGGGUCAUAUAAGUAAUUGCUGUGCUCGAGAGACACCCCUGUGUCAAUUAUGUUCUUGUGUUUCAAGUACAUGGGCCAUAUGUGGCCGUCAAAGAGGCCAGGGGGGUCUGGUACCGUGUAGUUCCUCGAGCAUAUAUAUAUAUAUCAAUUAAAUAUCCAAUUAAUUAAUUAUUUGAGUUGAAUAUUGAAAGAAUAUUAUGAAAAAACUAUAAUAAAUAAAAAUACAAAAUAUUUUUUUAGAAAAAGUUCAUUUUAAUAUUUUGAUAACACAAUUAUGCCAAUUCCUUUUUCAGUCAUACAUUUUCUAUACUGUUUAUCCUCAUUAGGGUGUGCACGUUUACAAUAAUGGUACUGUUGCGUAGCCAGCUCUUUCUCCCAAGAAAGUCAAAGUCUGCUGUCCACUCCCAAGUUCUUUUCAUGGCAAUAAGCUGAUGUUUAUAUUCAAUCAACAGGCAGUAGUUGGUAUUUUGUGGUUUAUUCUCCAAGCUUAGAGGACAAACGUGAGACCAAUCUAGUACCCCAGCGUUCCCCAGCCCGGUCCAGAUCGGUCUAGCUCGGUCUCCCCUCCAACCCCCGGAAGUCCCGUGAUCUUCCCUCUGUCCCUCGCCCCCACUCCCUUUGUUUAGACGACUCCGAGUUAUCUCUACUCUGACACAUUCCCAUCUAGAAGGCCAACACCUUACUAUGAGACUCAAAAGAAGGAAGAAUACUAGCUAUUCUUUAUAUGACUAUAGGAGUUUAGAAAGAAGUAACACUUAAAUAUGGAUAUGAUUCUGAUCUGCUUCCCACAGUACACAAAAUGUCACAUGAUAUUUACAAUAAUAUCCAAAUGCCCAAAUAUAGAAUGAUAAAUGAUAGAUGAGUCAAAAUAAAGUGUUUUCAUUAAAAUCCAAAUAUUGCAAUAUAUUAGCAUUGUGUUCUGCUCACUUAGCAGCCAGAAGAGAACAUAAACAAGUUAAAUAUCACACUUUAGUUACAAAUAAUUCAUAUAACUGAAGGUAAAACAAUUAAAUAGACAGUAUAAUAAAACAGCAAAUAUUUUAUAAAUUACGUGUCUGUUUUUGCCACUUUUUUGUCAUUUCCAAAUAUAAAAUAUGUUGGCCCUGCGAUGAGCUGGCGACUUGUCCAGGGUGUACCCCGCCUUCCGCCCGAAUGUAGCUGAGAUAGGCUCCAGCACCCCCCGCAACCCCGAAAGGGAUAAGCGAUAGGAAAUGGAUGGAUGGAAAAUAUUUUAAAUACAAAAUGAUUGACAUGCCUAUAUAACAGUAAACAAAAAUAAAUGAUUGAAAAUAGCAAAUGUGUUUUUCAUUUUUAUCCUAAUAUUUUAUUAUUAUUAUUAUUAUUAUUAUCAUUUACCACUUUCUUAUGUCAUUUCCAGCCGGAAAAUAAAUUGACUAAAAACUACAAAAAUACUUAAGUCAAGGUUUUGUACGAAUCAUUUUGGGCUUAACUUUACAUUUUUCUUCAAAAAACAUGUUCAGCAUUGAAUUUUGAUGGGGGGAAAAUUGUUCAAAUGAGAAAUAUUUUUGCAGUUUUCUUAUCAUAAAAACCUGCCUUAGCGUCCUUGAAUGAAGAAAAGGUCCUAAAACGCUGGUGACCUUUGCAUAAUUACGUCCAUGUUUUCUUGAAGGAUUUCUAUCAGUGACUCCAAGUGCAAUCAAGACUAUUUUUCCUGCUUUACAACUUGACUUUUUUUUGUUUUGCUUUGCUGUUUACCAGCAAACAUCACCAGCAUCUAAACAUCCAAACAUCACCAGCAUCUAAACAUCCAAACAUCACCAGCAUUUAAACAUCCAAACAUCACCAGCAUCUAAACAUCUCCAGCAUCUAAACAUCACCAGCAUUUAAACAUUCAAACAUCACCAAGAUCUAAACAUCCAAACAUCACCAGCAUCUAAACAUUAAAACAUCACCAAGAUCUAAACAUCCAAACAUCUCCAGCAUCUAAACAUCACCAGCAUUUAAACAUUCAAACAUCACCAAGAUCUAAACAUCCAAACAUCUCCAGCAUCUAAACAUCCAAACAUCACCAGCAUCUAAACAUCCAAACAUCUCCAGCAUCUAAACAUCACCAGGAUCUAAACAUCCAAACAUCUCCAGCAUUUAAACAUCCAAACAUCCCCAGGAUCUAAACAUCCAAACAUCACCAGCAUCUAAACAUCCAAACAUCUCCAGCAUCUAAACAUCACCAGCAUUUAAACAUCCAAACAUCUCCAGCAUUUAAACAUCCAAACAUCCCCAGGAUCUAAACAUCCAAACAUCCCCAGGAUCUAAACAUCCAAACAUCCUCAGGAUCUAAACAUCCAAACAUCCCCAGGAUCUACACAUCCAAACAUCACCAGCAUCUAAACAUCCAAACAUCCCCUGCAUCUAAACAUCCAAACAUCCCCAGGAUCUACACAUCCAAACAUCCCCAGGAUAUACACAUCCAAACAUCCCCAGGAUCUAAACAUCCAAACAUCACCAGCAUUUAAAGGCCUACUGAAACCCACUACUACCGACCACGCAGUCUGAUAGUUUAUAUAUCAAUGAUGAAAUCUUAACAUUAUAACACAUGCCAAUACGGCCGGGUUAACUUAUAAAGUGACAUUUUAAAUUUGCCGCUAAACUUCCGGUUCGAAACGCCUCUGAGGAUGACGUAUGCGCGUGACGUAGCCCGACGAACACGGGUAUGCCUUCCACAUUGAAGCCGAUACGAAAACGCUCUGUUUUCAUUUCAUAAUUCCACAGUAUUCUGGACAUCUGUGUUCGUGAAUCUGUUUCAAUCAUGUUCAUUGCAUUAUGGAGAAGGAAGCCAAGCA